AUGUUCGUGCCAAAAAUUCUUGGUUUGAAGUUAUUCCUUUCAGCAGUUUUCGCCAUUUGUUCGAUAGAUUUUAUUUUCGUUUUUUCUCCAGUAACCUCCUUACAAACCAAACUUGAAUUCUAUAAUGAUAACCCUGCUGAUAUCAAUUAUACCAACAUUGAAGAAAAUUCCGGUGUGAAUAGUUGUGCUGGAGAAACAAAAAAGAACGCGUUUAGAGUUAAUGGUGAUGUUGAAAUUGAGGUCGGGUUUGACGACAAUUCGAAAAUUCAGAAAGGCAGGAAUGUAAAAUUCGGAAGGAAGAAAUAUUUCGUUUCUACUUAUAUCGGAAAUAAUGAUGGCAAGGAGGAAAGGCGAUACAGAAAAAAAUAUUUUCCGGACACUUACAUCCGAGAAUGA